AUGACAAGAUCUCCAUCCCCCAAGCGCCUGUGCACCGGUGACAACAAGCGUGAUGAAAACGGAUUGGAAAGAGAGAAGGAGCUGGAAAGGGAAAAAAGAAAGGAGAUAGUUGAAAAUGUGCAAAAGAUUGAAGAAGAGCUCGAGCAGUUGAGCAUUGAAAAGGUUGAGGAGGUCCUGGCCGUUGAGACCAAGUACAUAGUCAAAACGCGUGAUGUGUAUGUCAAGCGCAAUGAGUUGCUGUCUGAGAUUCCCCACUUCUGGAAACAAGUAUUUCUGAGGCACCCGGUGGUGGGCAGAUACCUCAACAAAAAUGACGGGAAAAUGCUCAUGGAAUAUUUGCAGACGUUCGACAUCUUUGUUGAUAACAUCGGUAGCUUUAGAAUACAGCUGAUUUUCCAUGAGAACCCAUAUUUCUCUCCUACGAUACUGUGGAAGCAAUUCGAUUUAUUAGAGGAAGAGGUGAGAGUCACCGCGUCGAAAAUCACCUGGAUGGAGAGGGCUUAUAGGACAUAUGCGAUGGAAAACUUUUUUUUCCAGUGGAUUGUCUCGACAGAUGGUGACCAGGGCUUAGCAAAGAUCAUGAAAGAAGAGUUGUGGAAGAACCCUGUCAAGUACUUUGUGACGAAUAAUAAUGACAAUCGUGACAAGGACGAAUCAGACGUGGACGAAUCUGACGAGGAAGAGGACAAAGAUAUAGAGGACGAGGAAGAAGAGGACGACGAUGCAGAUGCGUUGGAAUCAGUGUGA